AGAGGAGAGAGAGAGACGCCAAGAAUGGGUAAGGUAGCUACUGCAGAGACGGAGAAGAGAAAGAAGAAGCAAAGGGGAGGUCCUUCUCUCUCAGACCUACAAAAACCAUCUCUCAAUCAACCACGAAACCCUAAUUCUGAAAACACCCAAACACGUCGAUCUAGCCGUCUGAACCCUAACUCCGACGCUCUCUCUCCUGCAACGGAAUUUGUCGGUAACGACGACGACGAUGAGAGGAAAGAGAAAAAAGUCAAACUCGUCGUUCGUUUACCCCAAUCGAAGCAACAUUUUCCUCGUUCUUCUUCUAUGGAAUCUGGUUCAAAUUCGGACGCCGAUGGCGAGAAUUCCGAGGCUUCGAACAACAAACGAAAGAUCGAUACCGUUAAUGACAGAUCUGACGACGUCGAUGCUUAUCAGGUUUUGAUAGCGACGGACACUCUACAUGAGUCGCCUUUGGAGUCUGGGCCCACGACACCUUUACCAGACAAAAAGUUGUUGAUGUUCAUUCUUGACAGACUUCAAAAGAAGGAUGCUUAUAGGGUUUUCUCAGAACCUGCUGAUCCAAAUGAGCUUCCUGAUUACCAUGAAAUUAUCGAGCAUCCAAUGGAUUUUGGGACUGUGAGGAAUAAACUCGGUGAGGGACUUUAUUCAAACUUGGAAGAUUUGGAGGCAGAUGUGUUCUUGAUAUGUUCAAAUGCCAUGCAGUAUAACACAUCAGAUACUGUUUACUUUCGGCAGGCACGGUCCAUACAAGAGCUGGCAAAAAGAGACUUCAAAAAUUUGAAGCAAGGAGGAGAUGAUGGUGAGCUGCAACCGAAAAUAGUGAAAAGAGGCAGGCCACCAGGCAAACACAUGAAAAAAUCUAUUGUCAGCCACCCUGUUGGUCCUGAGCUUUCCUCAGGUGCGACGCUCGCUAGUCCAGAAGAACAUAUAAGUGGGUCUAAUGCCUACAAUCUGAGAAAAGGACCUAUGUUGUAUAGGUUUCAGCCUACUGAUUCAGCACUCAACUCCCUUGGCACUCGCAAUAGUGAAAACCACUCUGACUGUUUGUCCAAUUGGAAUGAUGAGUUUCCAGCAUUCAUUCUGAAGGCUGACAUGAAGUAUGGGAAGAAACAAUUUACUUUAGAUGAGAAAAGGCGUGAUACCUACAAGCAAUUUUUUUCUUUUGGCCUUGAGCCCCCUGUAUUGUCUUACCUUGAUGGAGGUGUGAAGCAGUUAACGGUGGUAGGUCUAACCUUUGAACACGGUUAUACAAGAAGCCUGGCUCGAUUUGCCGCAAAUCUUGGGCCUGUUGUUUGGAAAAUUGCGUCAAAGAAAAUUGAGAGUGUUCUGCCUCCCGGGCUGGAGUUUGGUCCUGGAUGGGUGGGAGAAAAUGAAGCAUCAUUGCCACAACUGGCUUUUUCAUCUGAAAAACAAAAAUCUUCAACUAAUUUGCUACGUGAUGGCCAUCCAAGCAGUCCGACAACUCCAUCUAGUUUUGGUGUAAAUUCUCCGGUUGCAUACAGGUCUUCUUUACUAGGCAGAGAAAACAUGUUUGAAGCUGCCAGUAGAGUGAAUUCCCAAAAUGAGUUGGGUGUACUGAGGUGUGGUGUUUCUGGAUCCAGAAAGUCCCUCCAGACUCGGCAGAAAUCUCUACUUCACUCAGGUAGAAAUGGUAUCAAUGGUGUACAUGGAUACGAACUUGUAUCGGAAACGGGGAUGGCAAGAGCAUCCAUGCCAACAGGACAAUCUGAGUUAGAAGAUGCCUCAGAGUCUACACAAUUACUUGGCAUGGCUUCCAGAAGUGACACUGCAUCCACUCGUCCUGCAAAGCAUAUUGAUUCAGAAUCCAUGGCAGAAAGUUCGUGCAAAUUACACUCUAGGAAUCCAGAUCCUGCAGGGGCGGAAACCUCGUGCACUGGGCCGCCCUUUUUAGAUACAAAUCCCAGUUCACUUGCAGCACCUGAAUUUGGCCUUUCUUCUGGGAAGCCAUCUCAACAGGUAUUCUCACCGCACCAUGGACAGUAUUCUGUUCCAGUCCAACCCGAUUUAAAUGUUAGAUUCGAGGCUUGAAGUUCACCUAGUUCUGGCUUGCAGAUUGGUUCACCCAAGCGGCCAGAUUUAGCAUUGCAGCUCUGAUUAUAGGUUCGUAAUUCUUCUUAGAUUUGACAGGGAAAUAAUUUCCCAAAAAAAACACACACACACACACACUCUUGACAGGGAAAUGGGAGGAAUGAGGUUGCAGCUUAGUCGAGAAUAAGAGGAUUGAAAUCCUUACAGGGCUUUCAUGGACAAGAGGGAGUCUUGAACUGUUGAACAGAAUUUCAUGUUACAGAGACGUGUAGAAAGAAGUUUUGUACAGAUUAUCAGAAAUUUUUUGGUUGAAAAACAAAGAUUUCUAUUUGUGACCUUUAAUUGUAUCUUUGCAAUGGUUCCAAAGGCAUAAUGCUUUUCUUUGGGCGAGUAUCCUAUUUGUCUAUCAUUUUUUUUGUUUUGGGUGAAUGUAUGUCUAGUAUCUUAUGAAUAACGAAACAUGGCUUCUGGUUGAUUGGAUGUUAUUGUGAAUAAGUGAGCGAGAUCAU